CUUUAAUGAUAUGUAGUUCUGAAUUGUCUCCGAUAUAACACAUUGGGCUUGGCAACAAAUUUGGCAAUACAACUUUCACACAAGUGAUGGAAACCCUGGAUACACACCGCUAUCUCCAUCUCACAUAAGACACACACACACACACACACACAAAAUCACUGGACCAUUUCCACUCAUAUUAGCAGCACACUUAAAGGCACCUUAACAAUUUGCUCUCGGGGUCUCCUUCUGGUUGAGAAGUGCAAUAAUAAACUAAAUAUGCCCCUUUGCAAGUAUGAACAUAACUCGGAUUAAAUAUGGAAGGAAUGCACUGACAGCAGUCUGUAGAAGAUCAUCUCUGAAUUCCUGUAACAGCUCUUUUGAUUGGGGGGGGCAGUUUCCUACCCACUAGGACCGUGGGUACCUAAAAACUCGCUAAGGUCGGUAAUCGCCUACAGAGGGCCGCACGGACAAUGACAGAAGUGCUGUUGGUCAUGUUAUGGGCCAUCACGUUAUGACUAACACUGUUAAGGUGCCUUUACAGGGAUGCUGCGGUAGGCGGCGCCGUCACACUGCGCACACGACGGUCCACCUGUCCACUUCAUUUAUGGAUUUGGAAUUCACCUAGUGUUAAACGUUCUCUGUUUCAUCGCAUUAAUAUUUUGAAGGCCAUACAAAAUAGUACAAUUGUGUAGCCUCCCUCGAAAGUCGAAAGAGUACUGACAAACAAUCAACUUUUCUGACAGUAGGCAGUAGGCCUAUGCCUCAUUUUUUGACUUCAAAUUGUCUUUACUGUGAGCCAAUGAAAUGUCCGAUUUCUACGUCUAUGGUAAAUCUGACCAAUGGCAUGCCGGAGUUCCAACCGGAAGCAUCUCCCCCAUCGUCACGCUUGUUUUUCCUGUAAUGGCGGAGCACACAGACUCAAGCAGUAGCGGGUUCAAUGGAACCAGUAUGUCUCAGCAGCGUUUCCGUGUCAACGCUCCUCCAGUCACGCCUCCAGUGUUGCGGGGCCCCUCCCCUCUGCUGCGGACCCCGCCUCCCUUUGCCAUGCUGCAGAGGCCGCCGUUUCUGCCGCCACCUGGCAGCUCCAUGCCGCCCCCUCCUGGCCUGAUGUUCCCUCCCGGCCUCCCGCCUGUCCCCGCACCUGCCCCUGAACGCAUCUGGGUGGAGAACAAAACUCCUGAGGGCAAGGUAUACUACUAUAACGCACGAACGCGUGAGUCUGUGUGGACCAAGCCGGAGGGUGUGAAGGUCGUCCAGCAAGCGGAGUUGACCCCCUUCAUAACCCCCCAGGGUGUGGGGCCAAUGGGAAUGCCCACCCUCCAGAGCAGCAGCCAAUCAGCUGUGGAGUCGUCCCAGAGCCCGCCCUCCUCUCCCUCAGCAACUGAAGCCCCAGUGACCACGCCCUCCAGCGUCAUGCCGACACCUGUGCCCUCAGUGACUGUUCCCACGGUAACAGCAGUGGUGUCGGGUGUCUCGUUGCCCCCUCCUCUCGCUGCCCCUGGCAACCACAUGCCCCUCCCCCCCGUCAUGGUGCCGCCAUUCAGGGUGCCAAUUCCCUUACCGCUACCAGGUAUGCUUCCUGGCAUGGCCCCGCCCUUACUUCCUAUGAUGCCCCAUCAGAUGCCGAUGACCUCAUCAGCCAGACUGGGCAUGUCGGAGUGGGCGGAGUUUAAGACACCGGAAGGGAAACCGUACUACUACAACCACCGCACACGUGAGACCACAUGGGAAAAACCAGCAGUAGUAGAAAAAGCGGCGGAGCAGGACUCCAGUGUGGCUGCUGAUGACACUGAGCUCAUGGAUACGGAGGAAGACAAGACCAAGACUGAGCAGCUACCAGAUCACAAGGAGGAGCGAAAGGAAGAAGACAUGACUGAAGAGGAGAAAGCUGCUCAGAAAGCUAAACCAGUGGCUACCACACCCAUCGCCGGAACACCAUGGUGUGUGGUGUGGACAGGUGAUGACCACGUGUUCUUCUACAACCCAACCACACGUAUGUCCAAGUGGGAGCGGCCGAGUGAGCUGAUUGGUCGAGCUGAUGUGGAUCGCUGCCUUCAAGACCCGCCCCACAAACACACACCUUCACUAGAGCCACCGAAGCCAGUGGUGGUGAUGAGGAAGGAGGAGCUGGAGGUGGGGCCACCUGAUCAGCAGGAGGAGGAGCCAAUCAGACCUAAGAAGAGGAAGCAAGAGGAGCCAGAGAAGGACCCAGCAGUGGAGGCGGAGCUUAAAGCAGCACGAGAGAGAGCCAUCGUUCCCACGGAAGCUCGCAUGCAGCAGUUCAAAGACAUGCUGCUCGAACGUGGAGUGUCAGCCUUCUCUACAUGGGAUAAGGAGCUGCAUAAAAUCGUGUUCGACCCACGCUACCUCUUAUUGAACCCUAAAGAGAGGAAACAGGUGUUUGAUCAGUAUGUGAAGACUCGCGCUGAGGAGGAGAGGAAGGAGAAGAAGAAUAAGAUUCUUCAGGCCCGUGAGGAUUUCAAGACCAUGAUGGAGGAGUCCAAACUCAGCCUCAGGACCACGUUUAGUGAGUUUGCAGCGCGCCACGCUAAAGAUGCUCGCUUUAAGGCCAUUGAGAAGAUGAAGGACCGUGAGGCUCUCUACACGGAACACGUGGCUGUACUCCGCAAGAAGGACAAGGAUGGCAGCAAGAACCGCCAGGACAAGGUGCGGCAGGACUUCUUUGCCCUGUGUGAGGAGGUGUGUGUGGAGGUGGGGCAGCGCUGGAGUAAGCUGAAGGAGAAGCUGGAGGAGGAUCCUCGAUGCCGAGCCGUCGAGCCGCACUCACGAGAGGAACUCUUCAAGGCCUACACAGACCAGCUGGCCAAGAACCCCUCGUCUGAGCAGGCUCGUGAGCAGAACCCCUCGUCUGAGCAGGCUCGUGAACAGGCUCGUGCGGCGCGUGCGGAGGCCAGUCUAAGGGAGCGUGAGCGGGAAGUGCAGAAGGCGCGAAGCCAACAGAGCCGAGAGAUCAGCCGCGAGAGAGAACAGCACAAGAGGGAAGAGGCCAUCCAGCACUUUAGAGCCCUCAUGUCUGAUAUGGUGCGGACGUCGGACGCGUCGUGGUCAGACACGCGCCGUGCGCUGCGUAAGGAUCACCGCUGGGAGUCAUCGUCGGUGCUGGAGCGGGAGGAGCGCGAGCGCCUGUUUAACGAGCACGUGGAGGCGCUCGCCAAGAAGAAGAAGGAGCUCUUCAGGCAGCUGCUCGACGACACACACACCAUCACUCUGACCACCUCAUGGAAGGAAGUGAAAAAACUCAUAAAGGAGGAUCCCCGUUGCAUCAAGUUCUCCAGCAGUGACCGGAAGCGCCAGCGAGAGUUUGAGGACUACAUCAGAGAUAAAUACGUAACGGCCAAAGCUGAUUUCAGAACACUCCUCAAGGAAACCAAGUUCAUCACCUACAGAUCCCGUAACUUGUUGCAGGAGUCGGAUCAGCACCUGCGGGACCUGGAGAACGUUCUGGAGAAUGACCGGCGCUACCUGGUUCUAGAUUGUGUUCCAGAGGAACGGCACAAGCUGCUCAUGUCCUACAUCAGCGAGCUAGAACGCCGCGGACCCCCACCACCCCCCACAGCUUCGGAACCCACGCGACGCUCCACAAAAUAACCCACACACGCACACACACACACACACACGCACACACACACCUGCCUCACUAGAUUAGACCUGCACACACACACACACGCACACACACACCUGCCUCACUAGAUUAGACCUGCAUCCUGUUAUUCACACACACAUGGACAGACACACACACACUCAUGGAAGGACACACACACACACAGAAACACAUGGAAGGCCACACACACACAAGCACUCUGAUAUUCUCCCUUAGAACAUAAUGCACCUGCCUUAAGACAGCCAUGUCUACCGUUCAACCUCAUCACACACACACACUGGGAACAUCUACCAGACCACCUAACGAACACACACACACUCAUACACACACACCUUGCUAACUAACACAGAGAGAGACACACACACACACACUCAUACACACACACCUUGCUAACUAACGCAAACACACACACACUCAUACACACACACACCUUGCUAACUGGACAAGCUUUCCAGCUGCCACACAUUUUUUUUAAAUGCCUAAUUUACCGCACCCUUUUCUAUAACACGCACACACACACACACCAACACUUAGAAAUGUCUCAGGACAAGCUGUAAGCCAGGACAGAUUGGAUGUGUGCGUGUGUGUUUACAGAUGCUGGACCAAUACUAGCAGUGUGCUUUUCUACAGGACUGAGUGAGUGUGUAUGGGGGACGACGUGUGUGUGUGUGCGCCGGGCAUGAAUUCUCUGCUGUAAUAUAUGGCUCUGACAUUAAUGUUUCUUAUCAAUGACCUUUUUCUGCUGACUGCAAAUAAAGUCAAACUUGUUUUUUAAUAA